GCAGCAGCAGCAACCCCACAGUGGUGGCAGUGGCAGCAGGCGUAGGCAAGUGGAGAGCAACAGCCGUCAAAAGGGGGAUGGAAGCCGCGGGAAGAGGGAGGAUGGAGGCAAGGGCGGCAGCAAAGGCGGGACUGGAUCUCGAAAGAAGAGGCAGGAAAAGGACGGGGGAGCAAAGGAAGGAGAUGGACGUGGAUUGGAGUGGUCUGGUGCGUUUGAUAUUGACAAGCCGGGAGAAUCAGCGGUGCGCAUCAGGCACAGGCGCAAGAAGGGCAAGUAUGCCAUCCUCUCCAUGAUUGACGUCUCGCUCAACGGCGCGUCUGCGCUCGUCACGUUUGACACCUGCAGCUCCAAGCACAAGCCCCCGCCCUAUCGUAAUUCACCAGCAGCCUCCUUUCCUGUUCAUCUGGGAUUCAGAAAUUCCAUUGACCAGCGCCCCUCCGUUCCCACCCUCCCCACAUGCACACCCCCCUUUUUCCCUCCCUCUUCUCCUCUCCGCCACCCUUCCUCCUGCCAGCCGCGCAUGGCCCAGCUGCUGCAGGUGGAGAUCGAGGGGUUUGGUGUGACCCGUGAGUACGACCUGGACGGCAUCCGCGAGCUGCCCACCAUCAUCCUCUCUGAAGACGACUUCACCGGCAAUGCAUCGCUGAGGGACAGGUACUCUAGGUCUGCGGGUGAAGUGAUAGCUUCUAAGGAGGAACAGCAAGGAACUGGGUGGGAGUACAACCUGGACGGCAUCCGCGAGCUGACCACCAUCAUCCUCUCGGAGGACGACUUCACUGGCAACGCAUCGCUGAAAGACAGGUACAACAAUUGUUCUGGGAAGGAACAGCAAGGACCUGGGGGCCGGGGGGAGAGAAUGGUGGGAGAGGGAGGGGGGGGGAAGCUGCCCACCAUCAUCCUCUCUGAAGACGACUUCACUGGCAACGCAUCGCUGAGAGACAGGAUGUUUGUGAUGGUGGGGACGCAGGCUCGAGCGGUGGCAGCGCUGUACGUGAACGUGUAUGCAGACGGGGCCACCAGAGUGCUCUCCUUCUCCGAUACCAAACACACCUCCAAGGUGUCGGAGGAGGACGAGCGCACCACGCUUCAGGAGAAGCUGCAGGUUACGAGCGAGCGAAUCGACUUCGCCCGCAAGGUGCUUCAGCGCACUGUGCUCUCGCAGGAGAAUCCCCACUGGAUGCUUCGGAGGCAAAGAUCCGGUCACCACACCGCCCAGGAGCCCCCUCCAGAGAAGCUUUGCCCUUUCCUCCAUUGCAGCUGCUGCACUACUGCCAAAGAGGCCCGGGCUUCAGGCCUCGCUAACAGCAGAACUGUGAGUGACUGCUCUGAUGCCUCUGCUGAGCACGUGAAGUCACAUCCAGGCAAGGCAGGACUCCGUAGGAGUAGGAGUCAAGAGGCAGCGGUGUUGCAAGCAGGGAAGGGUGAGCUAUCUGCCAAAGGAGAGGGAAAGGCAGAGAAAGGAAAGGGUGUAGCGAAGGAGGAUUCAGGAGGUUCGGAAGUGGUGGGAAAGGGUGGUAAAGGGGAAGGGAGCGGCGAGGAGACCCAUGCAGAAGGCAGCAACUCACAUUCUCAAGAAGCACCCAGAGAAUUCGGUCUUUCACGCCCUGAAGCAGGAGUGCUGGUCGUGAAGGCCAGGGAUGGGGGUGCUGGGAAGGGGUGGGGGAGGUGGCAGAGGAGUAGUGUGAAAGAAAAUGUAGGGCCAUGCGUCGGAGCUGUCAAGUCAUCAGCUGCUGAAAUACCAGCAGAGAUGAUUGUGGAAGGUGCCAGGUAUGUUAGGAUCCGCAGCAGCAGAGGCGAAAUGGAUGUUGAAAUCAGCAGUGAAGGUGCUGUCAAAGGAGGAAAGCGGAUGGGGCAGCAGCUGCAGAAGCAGAGGAAGGGCAAGGGAAGGAAAAAAUCACAGGUGCCAGAGUCGAAACAAGAUGAGAGCGAUGGUGAAGACAUGAAGAGUGGGUAUGGUGGCGGGGGGGAGGAGAGGAAGCCAGAGAGCCGUGUGCAAGGGCCAGUGGCGAGGAGAAUCACCAAGGACUUGAGAACGGAUGAGGUUUCUGAGAAGGCAGGGAGCCUUUCCCGUGUGAGGGAAGAAUCAGAGGAGGAGUUGAAUGAGGGAGGAGAGGAAGGAGUGGAGCAGGCAGCCUGCAGUGAUGCAGCGGCAGCAAAAACAGAACCCACUAUUCACCUGGAUUCUCUCUCCUCCUUCCCCCCUCUCAAUUGCAACCGUAUCCAAGCCACUCCCCUCAGCGCGCCAACAGCAGACCCCAACACUCGUGGUGCUGCUGCUGCCCUCCCUCUCACCCUCCAGCUGCAGCCUUGGCGAAUCAAGCAGUGGUGGCAAAUCCACACGCCAACAGUAGACCCCAACACUCGUAGUGCUGCUGCUGCCUCCCUCUCACCCUCCAGCCGCAGCCUUGGCGAGUCAAGCAGUGGUGGCAAGAACAGCGAUAAACUCUCUGCAAAUCCUCUGCUGGCUCUGGUACCAGCAGACCACAGCAGCAGUGACCUGCAGUUGCCUGUGAAUGUCCAGCCUUCUGAGUCAGCAGAGUUGGAACACCACAGGUCGCACUCAACUGAAGUUGCUCCAGCACUGGCAGACGUAGCAACAGGAGGCGCAGCUGGCGAAGCAGCAGCAUCUGAAACACCAGCUGUUGAUGAUCCGCCUUCAAACAGCUUCCAGCCAUCUCCUGAACUUGAUGCAAGGCCUACCCGAGGCCGCGUGACUUGGAAAGGUGUUGUGGGCCAGGUUGGUGUUGGCGCCACUGCUGCCGUGGUCAACACAGGGAAGAGAGUGACAGGAGCGGCAUCAGCUUUGCAUUCCGCUGCAGCUGCUUUCCUCGAUGGCACUUCAGAGAAAGUUCAGGAGAAGUUUCACGAGGCCCAGGAGGCGUUUGAGGAGGCAGAGGAGAGGGCGGGGGAGUGGCGGGCUGAUGAGGGGUUUAAAAGCGCAACUUCAGGUUGCCGUCGUCGAGAAGCGAGGGAGGAGAGAUGGGUCAGCGACGGGGAAGGGAAUGAGUUGAUGCCCGUGCCCACGCUUGAAGAGCUUCAGAGCAUGGCGGGGGCGGUAGCAGCUGCUGAGUUGGAGUUUAUCGGGCGGAAUAGGCCGACUGGAUUGGUCAAGAGCGCGAGUGUUGCCGCAGGGCAGAUGGCAGCAGUAGCGAGGCGAGGCCAGGAUGUGGUGGCGAAGGCAGGAUCCAUGGUCAAGGGAGCAGUUGGGAGCGCCCUCGCUGCCGGCUCGGAGGCGGCUGUAGCAGAGGGACUUGCAAGUGAGCCUCGCGGACUGGCGGAGACGAAUGCAGGAGGCGGGAUAGGGGUGGAGGAGGAGGAAGACAUCAGUGAGUUGCGGCAGGAGCGGAUCCAGCUGGGCAACGAGGAGUACGACGCAGGGGCGAUCGUGGGAGGCGACGUGACGGUUCACGUGAUUAAAGCCAUGGAUCUGGGGCUCCGGCCGGAGAAGACGCAUCCGUACGCGGUGGUGCAGGUGGAGGGGCGGCGGCUGCGGUCGUCAGUGUGCAAGGGCACGGUGUGUCCGCAGUGGGACGAGCUGCUGGUGUUCAAAGGCGUGUCUACCGCCUCCAGCAUGGCUAUCUCCAUCUUCAGCAGCGAAACCAUCGGCUCACACAAGUUCCUCGGCCAGGUGGUGCUGCCGCUGGUGGACGGCAGGGCUCUGAACCGCGAGCCCGGGUGGCACAAGCUGAGUCGGCGCACGGCACAUGAGACGGUGACAGGCAGGGUGUUCCUGUCCACGUCUUGGGACGCCACAGAGCUCGAGCUCAUGGCGCUGCAGGUGGCUGCGUGCCAAGGAAGCGGAGCUGGACGCACUGGAGCAGCGACUGGCGCAGGAGAGGGAGGCACGUUAGAGGCGCAGAGAGCGCACCUCCCCUCCCCCCAUCAUUCCCUGCUUCUCCGUUUGCCUCUUGCGUGUCCCUGUGCCCGUUCACCCCUGCAGCUGCGUGCCAAGGAAGCGGAGCUGGACGCGUUGGAAGAGCGGCUGGCGCAGGAGAGGGAGGCGAGGCCCAGGGAGGCCGUCAUGGCAGCAGAGACCCUCGCCAACCCGCACCCACUGCAGCCCCACACGCCCUCCUCGGCCCUGCGCACGCCCACGGGGGGCCCCAUGCUGCGCCGCAUGUUCACCCUCAGGGGCCCUGGGGGGAUGGGUGCAGCGGCUGCCUCGUCCGUGUCGCCUGCUGUGGUGCAGCAGCAUGCCGCUAAGGGGCAGCUCAAGGGGCCCUGGGGUGAUGGGGGCCCUGGGGUGAUGGGUGCGGCUGCCUCUUCCGUGUCGCCUGCUGUGGUGCAGCAGCAUGCCGCUAAGGGGCAGCUCAAGGGGCCCUGGGGUGAUGGGGGCCCUGGGGUGAUGGGUGCGGCUGCCUCUUCCGUGUCGCCUGCUGUGGUGCAGCAGCAUGCCGCUAAGGGGCAGCUCAAGGUGAGUGUUGGAGGGAGGGAGAGGGCGGCGGGCCCAUGCUGUGAAGGUGGUGGAGGCAAGGCACCUGGCAGUGCCAGCAGAGUGGCUGCGCUCGGCGUGUUUGGAUCUUCUCUUCCCUUGCUUUACUCACCCCUCUACUCACUCUCCGCUCACCCUGCUCCUCCGUCCUCCCAUGUGCAGGUGAAGGUGGUGGAGGCGAGGCACCUGGCAGUGCCAGCGGAGUGGCUGCGCUCAGUGAAGGUGGUGGAGGCAAGGCAUCUGGCAGUGCCAGCGGAGUGGCUGCGCUCGGUGCACCGGAUGCGUGCCUUUGCUGCGCUCUCCGUGGUGUCCCCCUCGGGCACCAGCACGCUCCCUGUGAAGACGCGCGUCAUCAACGGCACCUUCUUCCCAAAGUGGAACGAAACGUUCUCCAUCAACGAUGCUGCUCUCGCCUCCUCGCUGCGCGUGCAGGUGUUUGACAAGCCAAAGCUGGGCAGCCCGAACCUCCUGGGCGAAGCUACAGUGGACGUCACCACCUUCAAGGACGGGCUGCCACAGUACAUGCUGCUGACUCUCAAGCGAAGUGCUGGGAAAGAAGGGGUGCGUAUCUGCCUGUUCCUGCCUCCGUUUUCCUUUUUCCCCACUUUCCUUGAGCAGGAGGCAGUGGGCGGCAGCAUUCGUCUUCGAGUGCACUGGAUGGUGGACCAUGGGAAGAAGGCAGAGGAGAAGACGGGAGUCAAUUUUAUGUUGAACCUGCACGGGAUGACCGUGUCCGUAGUGGACCGCCUGCCCCGAGAGAUCAUGCUGCUGCUCCUGGAAGACAUCUGCUGCUCCUGGGAGGAGUCGGUGAAGGAGGUGGCGGGCAAGGUGGAGGUGGGCAAACUGCAGGUGGACAAUCAACUGCUCACGGCUCGCAACCCUGUUGUGCUCUCGCGCACCCAGGCCUUCCCCGCAGAAGCCCUGUUCAUGGAGCAGAGCAAGGAGCUGGCGAACCAGGCAUCGCUAGCGAGCAUGCUGAGCACGGACCCCAAGGAGAAGGAGAAGGCGUUCGUGUCAGUGGAGUUCACGCGCCUGCUGCAGCACCCCUCCAUCGUCUACUACCGCCGCUUCCUCUUCCAGCUUCAGGAGUUCGACCUGGUUUUGGAGGAGGAUUUCGUGGACACUGCAGUGGCGUACCUGCAGCAGCUGCCUAUGGAUGAUCUCUGGCAGGAGGCGGAGAAGCGGGGUGGGAAGGAGGAGGAGGAGAAGAAGGAGGCGGACGAAGAUUUGGUGGAGGAUAUGACCGGCGCUCCCAUCACCAGGACUUACCUGCCCCGUGACGCCACCAUGGUGUCCCCCACAUCCCGCCGGCACUUAGUUAAGUCGGAGCCGUUGGUGAACAGCAGCAGCUGGGUGGCGGGGAACCAGGGCCUGCGGUGGUACUUUGAGCGCUUCCAGGUGCAGUCCAUGCGCAUCAACGUCACGCUCGUCAUGAACCCCAUCAAGAGCGAUGCACCGCCGCCCUCUGGCAGCAGCUCCGAGUGGCACUUGAGAACCACGGCGUCCUCUGCUGGCUUCCCGCUCAUCUCGCUCACUCGAGCCCCACUCAGACUCAACAGUCUGGUGCUGGACAAUGCGUUUCAGAAUCAGAGCACGCUGCAGACGUACGUGCUGCGCCACUACGGUGUGCAGCUGCUGCAGGGGCUCCACAAGAUCCUCGGCUCCGUUGAGCUGCUCGGCGCCCCGCUAUCCCUGGUGGACAACCUUGCCACAGGAGUCAUGGACUUCUUUGUUGAGCCUGCCUCCGCCACCACGCCGGAGGAGUUCCUGAAUGGCGCAGUGAAGGGCACGGUGAGUCUGAUGAAGCACUCGUCGUACGGCGUGCUUCACUCCAUCAGCUCCCUCGCUGGCGGCAUCGGCUCCGGAUUUGCCAAGCUCACCUUCGACGACUCCUUCAUCCAGAGGUUCAGCCAGCGGCCGGAGGGAACAUCGCAGCAGGUGCUGCGAGGAGCACAGGACGUGGGGCUGGGCUUCGUGGGGGCCGUCACAGGACUGGUGCUGCAGCCGCUGGAGGGUGCACGCAGGGAGGGGGCCGUGGGUGCAGUCAAGGGCAUGGGCAAAGGGGUGGUUGGGCUGGUGACCAAGCCGCUGUCGGGGCUGCUGGGGUUUGCGUCGACGCUGACUGAGAGCGCCGGCACGGGGAUCAGGGCGAUUGGGGGGGAUGUGACAAGGCGGAGUGUGCCGCGGAUUCGACUGCCCAGCACUUUUGGGCGAAAUGAUGCGAUCUCGCUGGAGCCAGAGGACAGUGUGGAGCUGAAGCUGGUGCUGGCCAUACUGGACUUUGGGCGGUACCGUGACGAGCACCUGUUGGACCAUCUGCAGACGUCAGGGCGCAUGGCGGUGCUAUUCACCGUUGCGCGCCUCAUCUUCUACGACUGCCAGCGCAACGUCUUCUACUGGCAGAUCCCUCUUAAAGACAUAACCUCAGUGAUGGGAAUGGAGGGGCGGCUGGAGAGCAUAAUUCUGUACGAUGCAGAUGUGGUGAUCGCAGGCAAGAAGCUCCCUCUGCGCAUGCCCGCCCGCAAGGUCAUCAAGACCACCACCCGCGAACUCCACAUGGCGCUCUUAGUUAAGCUCAACCGACACUUAGCCCGCAUCCGCGCCGCACUCCCCUCCUCCUCUGCCACCUCCCCCCACCGCGGGUCCCGUGAUUCAGUUGCUGCCAGCACUGCUGAUGAUGCGUCACACUCCUCCUCUCGCCCCCUCUCUGCUGGCUCGUCUCCUGUUCUCUCUCCCUCCCCCUCCCUCCCUUCCCCUCUCCGCCUUGCUCAAUCCCCUGGGAACGUCUCUGAGGCGAGUGCUGUUGGCGGCAAGGUAGCAGGGAGGUCUGGAGGAGCAGCCGGUGCUGGUGUUGGCAGGAGCAGCAGUGGUGGUGGUGCCGCUGAUCGUACGGCUGGGAGAGUCUUUGCCGGCAGCCAGUUCCCGCUCACAAAGAUUUUAUCUGCGCAGAGAGAGCAGGAGGAGGAGGGGGAGAAGGAGGAGAAAGAGGAGGAAGAGGCUUCUGAAUCUGCUCGCGGGGUGAGUGUGGCGGGAGGAGUUGCUGCGGCAACGGGAGCGACACGGUGGAGGAAGCAAACCAGUGGGAGAGGUGCUGCAGGCGCUGCAGCUGACAAGGGCAAGUCUCCUGUAGACCAGACUCACAGCGGCCCAGCUCCGGUCAGAGCUAAGAAAAGCAGCUUCCGCAGGGGCAAAUCAGGAGGAUUCGGGGGAGGUGACAAGUUGGGGAAACAGGGUGUGAUAUGGGAAGAUGCGGAUGUGGAGGCAGCACAAGUGGACCAGGGCGACAGUGACGAGGAUGAUUAUCGCGAGGAUGCAAAUGGUGGGGCGGCAAGGGUGGCUCAGUUGGAUAGGGAGGAGCGGCAGGAGGUGCGGCGGAAUCUGGAUGCUAUACUGACGACUUGCCAAGUGGCGAGUGCAAGAGCUGGCGGUCGAGCAGACCCUGCUUCGGCUCUGGUUUCUAGCGCGAGUCAGGCUGGCGCGCAGAGGGCAGCGCAGGAGGCGAGUGACGACGACGUGCUGAUAGAGCUCAAGGACGUGUACAAGUCGUUCGGCAGCAAGCACAUCCUCAGAGGCGCGUCGCUCAAGAUCCGGAGGGGCGAGGCGGUGGGGGUGAUAGGGCCGUCUGGCACGGGCAAGUCAACGAUUCUGAAAAUCAUGGCGGGUCUGCUGGCACCUGACAAGGGCGAGGUGUGGAUAUGCGGCAAGAAGCGAGAGGGGUUGAUCAGCGAUCAGGAGAACAUGGGCUUGCGGAUUGGCCUGGUGUUUCAAAGCGCAGCUCUGUUCGACUCAUUGACCGUGCGUGAGAAUGUGGGCUUCCUGCUAUACGAGCACUCGCGGCUGUCUGAGGAGGAGAUUCGCCUGCGAGUGAAGGACAGCCUCAAGGCAGUGGGGCUCAAGAAUGUGGAGGAGCGAUUCCCCUCGGAGCUCUCAGGCGGCAUGAAGAAGCGAGUAGCACUGGCACGGGCGAUCGUGUCGGACAGCGAUGCUCCGCAGCUGGAGGAGGAGGUGGUGAUGUACGAUGAGCCGACCGCAGGGCUAGAUCCGAUUGCGUCCACCGUGGUCGAAGAUUUGAUUCGCUCGCUGCACGUAAGGUCAUCGGUUCCGGUGCCGGUGACUGCGGAGAUAGCAGCUGGGUUGGAGUCGGAUUUUGAAACAGAGUCUGAGGAUUCGGAGGAUGAGAUGGGCGGCGGGAGAGGGGCGGGUGGUGCUGCGGGUGGGGGCAGCAGGGAUGGUAGCGGCAGCGGCAGCGGUGGUGGCUCCAAGGCUCGCAAAAUGGCAUCGGUAUCGUCGUACAUUGUCGUGACACAUCAGCACAGCACGAUUCGGCGAGCUGUUGACAGGCUGCUGUUCCUGUACGGAGGGGAGGUGGUGUGGGAGGGCCCCACAGAGGAGUUUGACACGACUGACAACCCCAUAGUGAGACAGCAUGACCAGUUCCCUUUCCUCUUCUGUUCUUGCGUGUGCUUGCAGUUUGCUGUUGGCAGUCUCGACGGCCCUAUUCGCUACUAG